UUUAUGACUCGCCCCAAAGCUCCACUCCUUCACCAUAAUGUCAACAAACUCCCGCGCUUCACAUUCGGAUCUCCAUUUAACCACCUAACCAACCCCUCCACCAUUUCCAUUCCUCCUCCAUCUUCUUUCUUCCUUCAUCAAUGGCUACCCUCACACCGCCAUUAACAAACACAUUUUCAUCAAUGCUUCCAGGUCCUCCUGGUCGCAACAAUGCCGGAGCUAUUGACAUCACAUCUUCCUCAACUCUCUUAGCUUUCGCAUCUGGCAGCUCAGUUUCUCUCGUCGACAUCAGAUCCAUGCAAUUAAUCGCCGUCGUUCCUCUCCCACCUCCUCAAUCCUCUUCUUCUUCCUCAUCUCCUUCUCUUUCCCCUUUCGUCACCUCCGUUAAAUGGGCUCCACACUCCCUACGUCAAUUCGAUAUUCUCUCCUCCGAUUCUCUUUCCUCAUCUUCUCACCUUCUCCUUGCUGUUGGUGACAGACAAGGUAGAUUAUCACUUUUUGAUUUCAAAUCUAAAUCCGUUGUUCUUUGGUUCGAAACCGAUCAUAAUUCGCUUAAACUUGGAAUUCAGGAAAUGUGUUGGGUUAAAUCAAGUUUAGAUUCGUGGGCGCUCGCUGUUAUUACUGGUCCACAUAUGGUGUCGAUUUUUUCAGCAUCAACGGGAAAAUGUUUCUUUAAAUACGACGCCGUUUCGGAGUUUCUUUCGUGUAUACGGCGUGAUCCGUUUGAUUCUCGGCAUCUUGUUGUUUUAGGGUUAAAGGGUUUUUUACUCUCGGUUAAAUUGAUUGGAGAAUCUGAAGACGAUGUCAUUUUGCAGGAACUUCAAGUUAGGACGGAUUGUUCUGAAUUGAUGAAAUUAGAGAGGGAUUUAGUUGGCAGUGGUGGUAACCCAGUCCCUACUUCUCCUGCAUCGGCAAUGUUUCCCAAUUAUCCUGUGAAAUGUGCGUUUUCGUUGGAAUGGAGACAUAUAUUGUUUGUGACGUUUCCUAGGGAGUUAGUAGUGUUUGAUUUGCAGUAUGAGACGGCAUUGUUUAGGGCAAAUUUGCCGCGUGGAGGGAAGUUUCUUGAUGUAUUGCCGGACCCCAAUAGUGAGCUGGUGUAUUGUGUUCAUCUUGAUGGGAAGCUUAGUACUUGGAGACGACGCGAAGGUGAACAGGCAUAUGCAAUUUGUACAAUGCAAGAAUUGAUGCCUUCAGUUGGCUCAUUUGUUCCUUCCCCCUCCAUUCUUGCUGCUGUUAUCUGCGAAUCUGAUUGUGUUCUUCAGAAUAUUGGCAAGAUUUAUUCUGAUGUCCCUCAUACUCCUUUUAGUGAUGAGGACUACGAUAAUCCUUUCGAUUUUUGCGAUGAGUCUCUUCCUGCCGCGAAGACUCAUUUGAUCUCUAUUUCUGAUGAUGGAAAAGUAUGGAAUUGGCUUCUAACGGCUGAAGGGCCUGAGGUGGCUCCCAAAGACGCGUCAAAGAUGAUAACACCUGUGAAUAAUGUAUCACGUACUUCAGAUUUGAAUAUCGGUAAUGAAAUUUCUAAGGGAUCUUCGACAAACCAAAGAUCUGAACGUGUAAGAGGGAGAGAGCGUUCAUCUAAUUUAACCGUCUAUCCUGAAGACACAUUGUUUAAGAUAAGCUUAGUUGGACAGUUACAUCUUCUUUCUUCAACGGUGACUACACUUGCUGUACCAUCCCCUUCUUUAACAGCUACUUUGGCCCGUGGUGGCAAUCUACCUGCUGCGGUUGUUCCGCUGGUUGCUCUGGGUACCCAAAGUGGCACAAUUGAGAUCAUUGAUGUUUCUGCCAAUGCUGUUACAACGUCUUUUGUUGUUCAUAAUGGGGUUGUAAGGGGAUUAAGAUGGCUUGGAAAUUCUCGUUUGGUAUCUUUUUCUUUCACUCAGGCCAAUGAAAAAUCCGGAGGCUACAUUAACAGUCUUGUUGUGACAUGUGUAAGAAGUGGUCUUAAUCGGUCGUUUCGGAUUUUUAAAAAGCCAGAAAAGGCACCCAUACGAGCUCUCAAAGCUUCUUCAUCCGGAAGAUAUUUGCUGAUUCUAUUUCAUGAUAAUCCUGUGGAGGUGUGGGCAAUGACAAAGAACCCUAUUAUGCUUAGAUCACUAGCACUUCCACUUACGAUACUGGAGUGGACUCUCCCAACAGUUCCUCGACCAUCUGCACCAACUAGGCAAUCCUCGAUAUCAUUAAAGGAUCGGAUAGUUGGUCAAUCUGGGACAUCAUCCCCAAAGGCCCCAGAGAAUGAAUCUUCUCAAGAAUCUAAGCCGGUGAGUGCUGAGGGAUCUCAGGAGGAAAGCUCGGAGAGCUUUGCUUUUGCACUUGUUAAUGGUGCAAUUGGAGUUUUUGAGGUACAAGGAAGAAGAAUCAAAGACUUCAGACCAAAGUGGCCUUCGUCUUCAUUUGUUUCAUCUGAUGGGUUGAUUACUGCUAUGGCUUAUCGACUUCCUCAUGUGGUUAUGGGGGACAGAUCUGGUAACAUACGCUGGUGGGAUGUAACAACUGGGCACACUUCCUCAUUCAAUACUCAUAGAGAAGGAAUAAGAAGGAUAAAAUUUUCACCUGUUGUUACUGGAGAUCGAAGUCGAGGACGUGUUGCGGUUCUUUUUUAUGACAACACAUUUGCAGUGUAUGACCUUGACUCACCAGAUCCUCUAGCAAACUCCGUUUUACAACCCCAAUGUCCCGGAACAUUGGUUUUGGAACUUGAUUGGCUGCAUGUGCGGACUCAUAAUGAUGAUCCAUUAGUCUUGUGCAUUGCUGGAGCUGAUAGCAGUUUUAGACUUGUUGAGGUUACUCUAAAUGACCGAAGAAUCGCACAUGGAGUAAUCAAGGAGAGGUUUCGGCCAAUGCCUCUGUGUACGCCAAUGUUACUUCCUACUCCACAUGCCCUGGCAUUGCGAAUGAUUUUGCAGCUGGGCGUAAAACCCUCUUGGUUUAACACAAGCAGCAUAACAAUUGAUAAAAGGCUUCACCACAUUUCGGGGACUCCAAAAUCAGCUGGAGAACUUCGCAGUUACAUUAUUGAUUCUUCAUAUGUUGGCGAUGUUGCGGUAUCAGAGAUGCUUCUCAAAGUAUUGGAGCCCUAUCGUCAAGAAGGUUGCAUACUUGAUGAUGAAAGAGCUAGACUGUAUGCUAAAAUAAUGAACAAAGGUUCUUCGGUGAGGCUUGCGUUUGCUGCUAUGAUCUUUGGUGAAUCAGCUGAGGCGCUUUUCUGGUUACAGCUGCCUCGAGCACUUAACCAUUUGAUUAAUAAGUCACUUAUUAAGCAGCCUCAGAAAAACACUUUGUCAGAUCCAGUGCUUCAGGUUGAUGAUCUGACUGAAAUAACAUCAUGCGGUAAAACAUUACCUGGGUCAGACAGAAGGGAAUCACUGAGUCAAGGCCAACUUAGAUUAAUGGCAUUUGAGCAAGAAGAGUUGUGGGAGACUGCUAAUGAACGAAUACUUUGGCAUGAGAAAUUGAAUGGGGAAGAUGCUAUACAAAACCGUGUCCAUGAUCUUGUUACAGUGGGAAACUUAGAAGCUGCUGUGAGUUUAUUACUAUCCACUUCUCCUGAAAGUCAUUACUUUUAUGCGAAUUCGCUGCGUGCAGUUGCCCUUGCUUCUGCAGUGUCCAAGUCUCUUCUUGAACUUGCUGUUAAGGUUGUUGCAGCCAACAUGGUAAGGACAGAUAAGUCGUUGUCUGGUACCCAUCUGCUUUGCGCUGUUGGGAGGCAUCAAGAAGCUUGUUCUCAGCUACAAGAUGCUGGAUGUUGGACUGAUGCUGCAACUCUCGCUGCCACACAUUUAAAGGGUUCUGAUUACUCCAGGGUAAUGCAAAGAUGGGCAGACCAUGUUCUUCACACUGAGCACAAUCUUUGGAGGGCUCUAAUUUUGUAUGUAGCAGCUGGUGCAUUUCGAGAAGCUUUAACAGCACUUCGUGAAGUACAGCAACCAGAUACAGCAGCUAUGUUUGUUGUUGCUUGUCGCGAAAUUCAUGCAGAUAUCCUUGCUAACAUAGAGGAUUCUGAAGGAUCAACUGAGUCAUCUUCAAAAGACAAGCUACAAAACUUGCCUGUCCUAAGCCUGGAAAAUGAAGAAGUCAUUGCAGCUUAUGAGCUUUACGGACAAUAUCAAAGAAAGCUGGUGCAUUUGUGCAUUGAGUCGCUGCCUUCUUCCGACUAAACGCAAACAGUUUUGCCGGAGUAAUGUUCGAAAUUUGGUGGCCUAGGUUAUAUGUGAUUUUAUUUAUAGUAACAAUUUAUUCUUUUAAACCACAAGUAUAAUACUCCUAAAUUAUUUGUUAUAAGUUUUGUGCAACAUAAUCCAACUAUUGUUGUAAUUCAAAUAUUGUUUAAUAACAAACAGAUUUCAUUAUUGUUUUAUAGAAGUAACAUGUCCUACAUAAAGAAGUAUAGUUACUAGUAAACAAUAAUGAAUGAAACAAUAAAAAAAUAAAAUGGGAAUUAAUUAUUAUUAUUAUUAUUAGGUUACAUAAAAGUUGGAGUUGAGAAAAGUGAAAAAUAAUUCAAGGAACACGAUAAGACUUGUUUUUACACAUACAUUUAUAAGCCAUAGG